CAGUUAUGGGUCACAGACCACACAUGUGGAAUGGUUCUAUUGUUACAUCAUUGUAGAAUGUGUUAUGAUGUCAUCAGUCUGCCAAUGUAUACAAACAGCACUCGGUUACAGAAAUUCACUUUGCAGUCUGCAUACUGAUCGAGUCGUUUUAAGCAAAAUGGCAGCUCAGAAUAUGCAAAUGAAAGACAACAUGGUGGUGAUAGUGAUGGGCAAUCAAACGCUUAGACUGGUUAAAAAAGAACCAGCCUAUUCGAUUUAUUGCAUCACUUCUGAAGUCACCGAUUCAGCCACUCAAAAGGACAUUUUUCAAGAUCUCCCAAAUGUCCCACUGUACGCUGACACCCCCAGUCAAAAAGAGGAGGUCUCCAAAACCUUGACGGACCGUUCCAUGGUUAAAAACUUUGGGCAAGACCUAUAUGACAACCUAGUCCAUGCACUUCAAGGAGAGGGAUCUACAAGUUUGACAGCAGGGAGCCCAGCAUCACCCGAAGAUGGCAAUGUCAUCCAGGCCGUGGUAUCAGAUGUUGUGAAACUAUGUGGAGCGGUGGAAGCUGAACCCUCGGUUGAAAGUGUUCCUGAGACAACAAAACUUUCAGAAACAAUCGGAAUGAAGGCCAAAACAGUGAAGACCUUCUUUCAAACAAAGUGGAACAGUGUGAAACGUCCCUUCACAUCCGGCCUGAGGUCCGAUAAAGUUACACCGUUGAACUAAAAUGAGAUAAAUGUAUUCUGUUCUAUGCAACAAAUAAAUUUUAUGUGCAACAAAAA